CUUCGGAUAGCGCGAGCUCACCAAGUUCUACUGAGACUUAGGAAGCCGGAUCCCGGGGCGGGGCUACGCGUGCGCAGUGAGGUCGUACUUAUCCCGCGUGCAAGCGUAGGGCUCCUGGUUGUCUAGCCGAUGGGAGGAGGCCUGUUGUACUUCAGCCUCUCCAUUCCCUGGGAGGAGUAGACUGUCUGGGUCGGGCCAUGGCCCUGCUCCCGGCCCCAGGCUCUGUGAUUGUCCCCGAUUGGCACGAGAGCACGGAGGGCAAAGAGCACCUGUCGUCCAUCCUCCGGAAGAACCGUCGGAGGGUGUUUGGGCUGCUUGAGAGGCUGGUUCUGCCUCCCCAGGUGGCUGCUGACACUGCAAGCUACAAGAUCUUUGUGUCUGGGAAGAGUGGGGUGGGGAAGACCGCCCUGGUGGCCAAGUUGGCGGGCCUGGAGGUUCCUGUGAUCCACCAUGAAACAGUAGGCAUCCAGACAACAAUAGUGUAUUGGCCAGCCAAACUUCAGGCCAGCGAUCGAGUGGUCAUCUUCCGAUUUGAGUUCUGGGACUGUGGAGAGGCAGCGCUCAAGAAAUUUGAUCACAUUCUGCCUGCCUGCAAGGAGAAAACAGAUGCCUUCCUUUUCCUCUUCUCUUUCACUGAUCGCUCCUCCUUUGAAGACCUCCCGGCUCAGCUUUCCCGGGUUGCUGGAGAUGUCCCCAACACUGUCAAGAUGGUCAUCGGCUCUAAGUUUGAUCAAUACAUGCACACUGAUGUUCCCGAGCGUGACCUCACGGCCUUCCGCCAGGCCUGGGACCUGCCCCUGCUGCGUGUGAAGAGCGUACCUGGGCGCCGAUUGGCCGAUGGGCGCACUCUGGAUGGGCGGGCUGGGCUGGCAGAUGUGGCACACAUCCUCAAUGGUCUGGGGGAGCACUUGUGGCACCAGGACCAGGUGGCAGCUGGGCUGGUCCCUGGCCCCCAGGAGAGCUCUCCAGAUGGAGGGCAGGGCUAAGGAGAGGGAGUCUGACCUGAGGGCGCUCCUGGAAGUAGGACUUACCUUGGAGUUGGCAUCCCUGCCAGGGAAGGAGCUGGUGUGCUUGUAAUCUAGUGGAAUGGAAAGAAUACAGCAGGCAGAAAAUCUG